AUGCUCAAUCUUUAUCGUCGGCAGAACUCUCCCAUUUUUCAAGGGAAGCUUGGCGCGGACCCCAGCGAAGGGGAAUUUUGGAUCGAGCAAACAGAAAAGCUACUGGACCACCUGCACUACAGAGAAGAAGAGAAGGUCAAUUGUGCCACCUUUAUGCUGCAAGAUGAGGCAGAUAGGUGGUGGAAGGGAGUCAAGAGAGGAAUGACCCCUCAAGCUAGGGCACCCUACAUCACUUGGGACCAAUUCAAGGAACUCUUCAAUGAGAAAUACUUUCCCCUGAAUUUAAGAAUGAAAAAAGAGAGAGAAUUCAUGGAGCUAAAACAAACUGGGGACAUGUCUGUCGCCCAGUAUGAGGACGCUUUUAACCGGUUAAUCAGGUACAUGCCUAUAUACGAAGGGGACGAAAGAAUAAAAGCCCAGAUGUUUUUGGGAGGGCUGAAUCUGAAGCUUCAAAGGGCGUUGAGUAGUAUAAGUACUCAGUCUUAUUCAGAAGUGGUGUUGCAAGCCUUUACCACUGAGGCCAAUCUAAGCCGAAUCGAAGCUAUCCAAGGAGAAAGUCGGCAUGGGAGCAGUCAUAAAACGAGCAAGAAGUUGGAACUCCAGAAGCCAAAGUUCAUGCCUGAUAUUCCGUGCACCAAGUGCUAG